CGUCGGCAGGCAAGAGCUGGCGCUAAACAAAGCCCAUGGCGAAGCAACUAGUAGAGAGCCACUUCUCUCUCCCAGUCCCAGCAUAUUGAGGCGCCGCGUGGUUCUUCACUUCUCCGAUUCCCAAUUUUCCAUUGCGGAGGGCAGGUGCGUGGAUCCCUGCGCCCCAAGAGGACAGGAGGGAGGAAGAGAGGACGGCGGGGGUCGGAGGAGGGAAAAGUGGGCCAACUCUAGCGUUCCCCUUCUUCCCUGCGGCGCCUGCGUCUGGGCAGCCCUGUUCCAUUGCGCCACUUCGCGGCUUCCUGCCUGGUGUGGGCCUUCUUGCGUAUCCUGGUCUGAGCAUCAUUCACAGUGGAAGAAACAAUGUUUAGGAGAAAGCAUGCCCCUGAUGUUAACUCAAAUGAUGCUGAGCAGAGAGAAGCAAAGAUAAAUGAAUUGAAAGCUAAACUUGGGCCUUUGUCUGCCCGUGCUGAGAAGUACUGCAGUAAAGCAUGCUUGAAAAGAUACCUAGAAGCCCGUAACUGGAAUGUUGCCAAGUCUAGAAAAAUGUUGGAAGAAAGUCUCAAGUGGAGGGCAGCUUACAGGCCUGAGGACAUUCGCUGGCCAGAUGUUUCUGCUGAAGGGGAAACCGGUAAAAUGUACAGGGCAAGUUUCCGAGACAGAGAGGGCAGAACUGUUGUCGUUAUGAGACCUACAAAGCAGAAUACUUCAUCUCAUGAAGGGCAGAUACGGUUCCUUGUACAUACUUUGGAGAAUGCAAUCCUCCACCUGCCUGAAACUCAAGAGAAAAUGGUAUGGUUGAUAGAUUUCACAGGAUGGACAAUGGCCCAUGCCUCGCCCAUAAAGACAUCCAGAGAAACUGCAAAUAUCCUGCAAAAUCAUUACCCUGAGAGGCUGGCCAUUGGAUUUCUAUUUAAUCCCCCAAAAGUAUUUGAAGCUUUUUUUAAGGUUAUCAAAGUUUUCCUUGACCCGAAAACAAUCGAGAAGGUGAACUUUGUGUACCAGAAGGAUGAGGAAAGCAUGAAGGUCAUGUACAAGUACAUUGAUCCGGAAAUCCUUCCUGUAGAGUUUGGAGGGAACAACAAUGUGGCCUACAACCAUGAGGAGUACUCAGAGUCGAUGAUGAAGGAUGACAUCAAAACAGCUAACUUUUGGGCAGAUGAUGCAAAAACUGACCAUGCUAACUCUGCCAUCAAUGGGACCUUGGUUCCUGAAGUUACACCACAGCCAUCGCUGCUUGCUGCUAAAGCUAGUUGAGUAUCCGCUUGCUAUGCUGAGAGUUGUCUUUGUAGCUCUGUAUCACCAAAUUGACGAGUUGAAACAUCGUUCAUAUUAAUGAAAUAAGAGACAUGGUUAGCGUGGUCAAUACUCGAAUUCAUUCAGUAUAA